CUAGGAAAACUAUUCGCAAAACUUUUAAUCCAUUGAAUUAAUUUCGGAUUAUCCUCGCGAUUACUAUUUUUAAGAAAUUUGCGUAUCUUCUUCUGCAAUUUUAUUCACGACGAUAAGAAAUCUUAUGGGUCUAUCUAAGGGUGUUCAUUACAAUAGAGAAACUGGGUUGUUAGGAUAAUUUCUGAUUAAUGGAAAAAAUCGAUUUGUUCAAAAUUUUCGAAGGUGUACAUUCGAAAAAUUUGAUGACAGCUGAGAAAGUAGAGGAUCGUGUUCGAAAUAUAGAAAGAAAAUAGAAGAGUUUAAAAGUUUCUUGUGAUUGAAUCUCGCAUUGUCUCAAUUUUGCGCGAUAAUAUUCAUAGAGAUUAAAAAAAUCGAAAGAGAAAUAUAGAGAAUUGUUUUCUAAAAUAUUAAAUUAAAUUACAGAAAUAUAAAACGUUUAAUAAUAAAAUUAUUAACGAUAGAAUCGAAACUUUUAACAAUAGAUUCAAACAUUUUUAUAUCGAAUUAUGACGUUAAAAAUUGAUAUUAAACUUUACAUGGGAAAAACGAAAAAGCUUCAAAAAUAGAUCUUUUUCAGAUAUAAAAGUGCGUAUAUGCAAAGUACAAAAUGAUCUUACGAUAAAAUAUUAAAAAUAUGUGCGAUUUUUUUAAUGACAUUUUGGCGAACAAACAUCGAGUGAUACGAAAUAUAUAUAUAUAUAGUCUGGCUCGAAAUUAUAUUGCUGAUGGGAAUUUCCGCUGACGGUUGCUGAUUCCAACAUAGGUAGGCAAUCGAAAAUGGGCAAUUGUCAUGUAAGGGCUUAGUUUAGAGUUUUUUGUUUUAUCUCUUUCGAUCGCGUUCAUCGUUGUUUUUGCGCGUUACGUCUUCCCGCGGGAAUCGCGUACGAUUAUGAUCGGAAGAACAUCGCUGGUAGAACAAAAGAGACUUCAAUGGGCAAGGGAAAGGGAAGAAAUGGCUCGUCUCGGUAUUAAUUGGGGACCUUUAAAACCAAGUAGCAACUACAAUCGAACUCACAUUCGAUUGUCCUUGGAAGAAAUUAAGGAUAAGCAACCCCUUCGUGCAACCGGACAUUAUGGAAGUACUGUUAGUCUGAAAAGUCUGGUGACGGAAAGUUCCGGAAAUGGCAACAACAAUCUCAAGUGUCUCGACUACAACAGCGGUAGUUUGAUUAAUCUCCGGGAUCAGAUGGACGUGUCGCAAAUCAGACGCAGGAGUCCCAGUUUGCCCCCGAUUUUCAAUAAGGAGCAACAACAGUACUUUUGUCAGCUGGAACAACAGCGUGAUUUUGGUGUAGAGGGAUCGCGAUACCAGUCACAGAGAUCGCACAAACUGGAACACCAUCACCAUCGGUCCAACGAUCAUCGCGAGACCCAUAAAGAGCCUCGUCAUUACGGUUCACCGGGCGAGGAACGCGAAGGCGAAACUUCCGGUUACGCCAGCGAUUCCAUUGAUGUACCUCAGGCAGGGCAAACUGAUAGUAAAGCAGCAGCCAGAAUGGAAAUGACGGAAAAAACUUGGCAGAAUCCUUAUUGCACUACCCCGGAAAGUUCAUUGCCACCCUCGAGGAGGCUCUCGCCCGGCAAACUAGGCGAAUUAAAUAGGCCAAGGUGGGGCAGCGUCUGGGGUCAAGACGGAAGAAGCGAUCCGCCACCACCCUCUUGGCUAUCAAGAUUAGGACAAUCGAGUCAAGUUUUAGUGAUCAAUCAUGAUAGCGCUAGCAGUCCGGACAGUUCAACAACUGGUUCGACUAGUUCCGAUACCAACAAAGUAUCUCAUCUUCGGGGUCAAAAUAUCCCAGUGGACGCGGACAUUCUUCAAGAACGUGAAACAAGGCGGCAGAAAGCGUUGGAACUGCAAAAUGCUAUCAAGCAGCAACUUGAGGAAAAGGACAGACAGAGGAAAGAAGAGAAGGAGCGACGGAUGAAAGAAGAAAAAAUGGAAGAUGAACGAAUCCGACGCGAAAGAGAAAAAGAAAGGGAAAGAUUUGAAGAAGAACAACGAAUAUUGCGAGAGAAGGAAGCGGCAAAGCUGAGGAAGGCGCAGGCGAUGCGCGAGGUACUGGAGGCUGCGGAACGGCUGGCCAAAGAAGAGCGGAAAAAUCGGCGGAAGCGGAGUGGGCAUACCAAUGAAGACACCGACGUAAUGAUGCAAUCUUCCAAUGAGUCAAAUGUGGCCAUCGGCGUGGAUAUACGCGAAGAAGAGAAUUGUUCGCAAGCACAAAAGCAAAGCACAAACUUGACCACCGAUUACUCCGUGGAGAAAUGCAAAAGUCCGAAGGACGUUAAGGAGGCUGACAACUAUCGCGAAAGCGAGAACGACAAAGAUUCGCAGAAGAGCUAUUCGCAACCAAAUUAUGCGGACAAGUCGGAGGAGGCUACGCUAGAUCUGAGUCCAAUGUCUCUUCAGGUUCCCGUGAGCAAGGACGUGGCGAUCGUGCUGAGCGGCAGACUGGAGGAUCCGGAGAUCCUGAGCAGGGCGAAUUUGCAACUGGUAAAUCUAGUGAUGACGCCGCGUAGAUUCGCGGAGAACACCGCGGACUAUUUAUCGCUAGGUCUCAACACGAUCAUGAGGAACAAUGGAAGUCCCAGGAAUCCGAGGAAAUCCUCGAGAGAUAGCGCCUCGUCGGCCCUCGUGGAGAACAGACUGUUGACGCCCAGCAAAUAUAGAACACUGGCCGGCCGAGACUUUGGCACGCAGACAGACGUAGAGUCUGAUAUCCAGGAACUGCGGGAGAAGUUGCAGAAUCAAUCGAUCAGGGAGCAAGAUACGGAAGGAACAAAGGACAAGAAGGAUACGACGAAUGCCAGUCGAAGAAAUGUUGAAAAGUCGAUCAAUGUGAAUCCAGGUGAGGAAAUUUCCAUAAAAACGCUUUCGCGAUCCAAAUCGCAACCCAGAACCACGCUCGAUAGCAGACCGCGAUGGAACGCUAAUCGCCCAGGUACACGAUACCGAACUCAAAGUGAGAAAGACCCGCACUAUCAGAGAAAAUUAAGAUUAAGAAGACGACAAGUCGAGUCUAGCGACGAAGGAUCUAGGUCGCCCUCUCCCGAUCGGCGAAAAUCGAAUAACGGAAAGUCGAAGAGCCGGAAUAUCACCAGGCGUAAAGCGAAACUCGAGAGUUACGACGCCGAUCUAUCGAUGGACAGCUUGAAUUCCGUUGUGCCUCUACGAAUCGACAAAAAUGGAAAAAUCAAUAUUGAGGAUCGUGCUGAAAAAAAGAUGCGAAUGGAUAACACUUCUUGCAACGCGAAUCGCGCAAAACGAUCGGACAACGAUAAUUCUAAUGUCUGGUGCGGACAAGAGAUCUUAUCCAAGCUGUCGUCGUUAAGAAGUGGACUUUUGAUGAAGCAAAUGGAGUGGGAUUCCGAGCGAUGUCUAGUCUCACCCGCUGCAUCCGAAGUCUUUUAAAUGCCCGCAGAAUUUUGUUGUUUCCUUUCGUUUUUCUUUUCGUUUGCAUAGAAAGUGAGAUCGAGUA